AUGUUCUUCUACCUCUUGUUCCGCAUCGUCAGUGCGACGACCGCGUUCCUCUACCCGGGCUACGCGUCCUACAAAACGCUCUCGCAGCGACCCGCGAACGAGGCCGAGCUCGAGCGCUGGCUCAUGUACUGGUCCGUGCUCGGCUGCAUCGUCGCUGUAGAAUAUGUCGCCGAGUGGCUCGUCUCAUGGCUUCCGCUGUACUACCCCAUGAAGACGCUCUUCCUCCUCUACCUCGCCCUCCCACAAACAUCGGGCUCCGCCUGGCUCUACACGACCCACCUCCGCCCGUUCUUCGCCGCACACGAGCACGAGAUCGACACCGCGCUCGCCCAGCUCAAGACCUACCUCUACUCCUACGUCCAGCAGCUCCUCCGCCGCGGCUGGGACUCGCUCUCCGGCGCGGUCACGCACGCGCAAACUGCGCCCGCCGCCCCGUCCCCGCUCGAAGAAGAGGGCGGCGCCGAGGCGGCGACCGGUCCCGCGCAGCUGGUCGCCGGGCUUUGGUCGUCGUACGGCCCUGCGAUCCUCGCCGGGGGCGCGGUGCUCCUCACGAAGGCGCAGGCGUCCGCCGCGCAGGCUGCGACGAGCGCGCAGGCGUCGGCUGCGGCAGCCGGGCGCGCCCCCAAGUCGAACAAGGACGCGGACGGGCGGAGGCGGCGGGAGGGGGAGCUUGCGGCUGGUUACGACGUCGACUCCACAGCGUCGAGCCCCGCGUUCGAGCCCGUCGGGCUGCCGGAGACGCGCUCGCGCGGGUCGUCGGGCUCGCGCAGCGGCGGGAACGGACGCGGGUUCGAGGAGGUCGAGGUGCCGAGCGACGUCGAGGGCGAGAUGCAGGGGCAUCCGACUGGGCGGCCGGGCCAGGCGCGCGGCGCGAGCUGGUUCGGGGGAUGGGGGCAGCAGGGUGCGGGAUACGAGCGGGUGAAGGAGGACUAG